AAUGGAUUAAAAAGCGUUUCACACUCACGCGUCGACGUCAGCAGCGGCAGCAGCAGCAAGAACAACAACCACAACAGCGGGCAGACACGGCAGCAACAGUGACAGAGACAACGACAGCAGCGACUGGCAACGACCCAGGAGCUGAAUUAGUGGAUCAGGGCCAUUUAAGCGAGAUCUUGGUGCUGAAUGACACACAAAUCGAUGUCGAUGCACAGAAUGCGACGAUGUCGGCGCCGCUGGCAGUGGCCAUAGACAUGGAAGGUUUGGACAACGACAACAACGAGCAACAAAACAUGAGCGUGGAACAACAAAUAGCGCCCAUGGCAAGGGAGGAGCUAGCAGAGGAAGAGGAGGAGCAGCUAGAGUCUGGGGUUAAGCCAAAUGCUGCUAAUUAUGGUUGCUGUCAAUGCACAACAGCAACAACAACAACAACAACCAAAGGCGCAGCAAUGUUAAGUCGCAGCAAAUUGCGAGUACGCAGCUAUUUAAAGAAAUGCAAGCAACGCCUAACGGGUCAGCAGAGCAGACCAAACACAACAGCAACAGUUGCUAAGACAACGACAGCAACAGCAGCACCCACAACAGGCAACAAGCUCGAAGCGCAUGUGACGCAAAUCGAGCUAGAGGAGGAUGAGGACAACUCUAGUCUCUAUAGCAGAGAUUCGCCCAGCGCUUAUACUGACUGCAUGCCGCUUGAGUUGAGCUUGCGACGAGCGCCAGCUGCGCCACAGGAGUUCAGCAGCAGCAGCGACGAUCAAUUCGUGGCAGCAGCAGCAACGCAUAUAAACAUCUCAGUGGAUAUCCAGCUGGCUGAACUGAUUGACAGCCAUCUGUCGCACAUUUAUCCCGUCUACUGGGCACGCACGCGUGCGAUUUUAAUGCGCCAGGCACGUGAGCUGCUCCAGCAGCAAUUCGAGGGCUGCCUGCGCAGCUUCGAGCAGCGUUUCCUAUGCAAAUUUGCACAAAUUGCGGCAACGCUGCGCGCCACUCAUCAAAUUGGCGAGUCCUGGUUAUGGCAUGCGGGCUGGCCGCUGGCUACAUCCAAUGGAGCGCUGGUGCUGCAGCUAAGCGACUCUGAGCUCGCACACGCACUUCAGCCAGCCGAACUCUAUCUCUGUGUCAAAUUGGCAACAGACGAAGCGACGGCUACACCGCAACUUUAUGUUGUUUGGCGCUCCACGCAGGCGGGAAGCGCAGGACAAAACGAAAGUCGAAUUAUCGAUAUCGAUAGCAAGCAUUUAGGCCCACAGCCACUGAGUCCGCUACAGUUGGAGAUGUCGGCAACAAUGAGCAGCAGCAACAGCUUGGGCCAACAUACCGAGAGCCAAGAGCUGGAGCAGGGCGUCGUCGAUGGCAUUGGCGAGUUGCCGCAGCUGCUGCAGAAUCUGCUCGUGAGCGUUGAGCGUAGCAUUGAGCGCGUGUCGCUAAACGAACUGCAGAUGCCAUUGGGCCACCUGGGCGACGAUCAGCUCGACGAAGCAAACAACAACAGCAACAGCAGCAACAACACAAAUGGAAGUGGCAGCAACAUUGGCUCGCCAAAGUGCGCGCUGAGGCGCAGCGAUUUAAUUACCAAAAACAAACUGUUUAACAACCGUUACAUGCUGCGGCGUUUGACCAAUCGACAGGACAGCAUGAACUCCACCUCGUCGGGCAAUAGCAAUGCAAGCAGCAGCAGCAGCAGCGACGAGCUCAUGGGUCACUUGAAUAACAACAACAACAACAACAACAAUGGAGGCGGAGGAGUCGUCGGAGUCGGAGGCUCAACUUCACCUGCUUUGCCGCUCUUUUGUCUUGGCAAUUCGUUUCCGCACAUUGACAGCGAUGAGGAGGCCGGCGACGCAACUGUAAGCAUAUCAUCGCCAGUUCCGGAACCGGAGCUACUGCCGCCAAACUCCAUAAGCGAGCUGCCCGAGAAACUUUUGAACAGUGGCGUCUAUUUGCCCGGCACACGCACCCUCCAAGGCGACCCACUUGUGCAUGUGCAGGCGGCUAAGGUGGCCGAUGCGGGUCUCAAUUGCUAUGAGCUGGCAACGCUUUUGCUCUACUACAGCACAAUACCGGAGCGGAGCAGCGUUUCCCAUAAAAGUGCACAACAGCAACAGCAACAAAAGGAACAGCAGCAGCAAAAGGAACCCGCCCAGCAAACAUUUACCAUUUUAAUUGCCAUCGAGAAGUCGCAACAUUUAUGCGUAAUCGACUUAAUUUGCCAAAGUCUCAAAUUGUUAAGCAAGCAAAUUGGCAAUUGUGAAAUUUUGGCCGUUUGCCUCGAUGCGAAUUUGUUGCAAUUGUGCAAACAGCAGCAGCAGCAGCAACAACCACAACAGAACUCAAAUGAUCAGCGGGAGCAGCAGCAAUCAUCGCAGCUAUUGGCAGCGCAUUUGGUUAAAUUCAUUAGCGUGGAUCAAGUCACGACAAGUGUUGCGCCAUCGGAGCUACCAAGCGGCCCACUACGGGGCCAGCAUCAUCACGACGCGUUGAAGUGGCGCGAGUUCUUCGCCCAGCUGGAGGCGUUCCAGCGUCAGUGCAGCGCGGCCGGCGGUCGUCUGGUCGGAGCGCUGAGCGACAUACGCGCCGCCGAUUUGCUGGGCCUGCCGACCCGUCGCCAGCUCUACGGUCAGCAUCGUGCACUGAGUCGUGCCCUCAUGGACUCGCAGCUGCACAAUCUGCGCAAGAAUGGCGCCCACCAAUUGCAGCAGCUGCAGCAGUCGGCGAGCGAGAUCAGUAGCACACACACAAAUGGAAAUCCCGAUGCGACGCAUAAGCUGCGCCAGGUGACGCUGCUCUACAGCGAAGUGGAUCGCGCAGCGCAGCGGCUGGAGCAGCUAACAGAGCAGCGACGCGAGCGACUGCGUCAGCUGACGCGACAGCGCGCGUUAGAGGAUGAAAUAGGCGAGGUCACCGCCUGGCUGAGCAAUGACGGCGCUGAAAAUUUGCAAAAAUACGCGCAGCUGCAAGUGGAGAGCGAGGCGCAGCUGAAGGCGCAGGAAUUGGAGUUUGAGAAAUAUUAUUUUAUAGCUAUGAAACAUUUGGCCAAGGGACGCGAUUUGCAUGUGGCUGCCAUUAAGAUUGCAGUGCUGGCCGAGAGCGCACGCAAUUUAAAGUGCGCCUUGGACAUAUUUGCGGACAAGCUGGAGAAGACCAGAGAGCGCAUUGAGGAGGGUUCGCGGCUGCUGCAUUUGCUGACGCAGCAUCGACGCGAGCAGGAUGCGCUGGAGGAGCUGCAGCGUCUGGCAGAGCAGCUGGGCGCGACGACGCUGCUGGACAAGCAUUGGCCAGCGAUGAGAAAGCACAGCGCAAUGCCCACGGCUAGCAGCACACCUGGCGGAGCAGCAGCAGCUGGCUCAGCGCUGGGCAAGCGUAGCAGCUAUCGCUGUAGCUCGGGCAAUGGCAGCAGCUUCGAUGGCGCUGCUAGCGCUGGCGGCAGUCAGUGCAGCUGCUGGCGCGAGAGUCGCAACCUCGAGGACAUGGAGGAGCCCGAGGAAGCUGAGGGCGAGGCUGAGGCUGAGCAGCAGUCCAAGAUUGCCGACUCCGGCGUAGGCGUCUGCGACAACUGUGAGCGCAAUCCAAAGCUCUCGCGCAUUUGCUCCUGCCAGAGUCUGAACGAGAAGUCUCACGAGGAGCUGCUGGAGGACGAGUGUCAAUUUGAGCGCAAUCCCAAGCGCUACAUGGACAUGCAUUCGCCCAUGGAAGCCAAUGCGCAUUUGCAGUGCCAUGCGUCCAGUUUGGAGCUGACAACGCUCGAGGAGCUCAGCUGCCUCGAACCAAAACUACAAAAAACGCUUCUAUUGAUCAUGCGCGAAAUGAUUGGUACGGAACGCGACUACGUGCGCUCGCUUUACUACGUCAUCGAGAACUAUAUUGAUGAGCUGCUGCGCGAGGAUAUUCCACAGCCGCUGCGUGGCCAGCGCAACGUCAUCUUUGGCAACAUUGAGAAGAUUUUCGAGUUUCACAACUCGCAUUUUCUGGGCGAGCUGGAGCGCUAUGAGCGCAAUCCGCUCAAGGUGGGCGCUGCCUUUCUCGAAAUGGAAUCCAAGUUUUAUCUCUACGCUUUGUACAACAAAAACAAACCCAAGAGCGACACGCUGCUGAGCGAAUACGGCAGCUCGUUCUUCAAGCCCAAGCAGCUGCAGCUGCAGGACAAAAUGGAUCUGGCCUCGUAUCUGCUAAAGCCUGUGCAGCGCAUGGGCAAGUAUGCGUUACUUUUACAGCAGCUGGUGAAGGCGGUAAAGAGCGUCGAGGGCGCAGCGCUGCAGGAGAUUCAAGCUGAUGUCGAGGAGCUGCAGCGUGCUGAGGAAAUGGUCAAGUUUCAGCUGCGUCAUGGCAACGAUUUGCUUGCCAUGGACUCGCUGCGCGACUGUGAUGUGAAUGUCAAGGAGCAAGGACGUCUGCUGCGCCAGAAUGAGUUUCUAGUGUGGCAAGGACGCGGUGGCAAGAAGACGCUGCGUCAAGUGUUUCUCUUUGAGGAGCUGGUGCUGUUCAGCAAAGCGCGACGCUUUCCCGACCAUAAGAAUCUGGACAUUUAUAUAUACAAGAACAGCAUCAAGACCUCGGAUAUUGGGCUGACAGCUCACACUGUGGACUCGCCUACAAAGUUUGAGAUUUGGUUUAGGAAACGCAAGCCGGACGACACUUGGACGCUGCAGUGCAUGUCGGAGGACAUAAAGAACGCCUGGACUGAGGAAAUAUCCAAGCUGCUUUGGAAGCAGGCGAAGCGCAAUCGAGAAAUUCGCCUGGCGGAAAUGUCCUCCAUGGGCAUUGGCAGCAAGCCCUGCCUGGAUAUACGGCCCAGUCACAAUCAAAUAAGCGAUCGCUCCAUACCGCUAGCGCAGCUUAACAAAACGCCCAAGCUGCGUCAUGCCGAGCCCGGCAAGAGCAGCAUGCGUCGUCCCAAUUCGCUUAUAUCAGAGAGUUCGCUCUCCAGCGGCACCAGCACUACCAGCAGCAGCUCCAUAAGUGGUGAGCCCACACGCCAUAGCCUUAAUCUCAGCUUUGGCAGGCAGUCGAGCUGCAGCAGCAGCAGCAACAAUAACAACAACUCCAGCAGCAACAACAACAACAACACUGCCACCUUGGAGCUCAUCAACGAAACACAGGCCCUAAAACUCAGCAGCGAUAACGAAACCAACAAGAACAGCAACAACAACAACAACAGCAGCAGCAGAAGCUCCAGCAAGAGCAGCAAGCGUCAUCACAAACGCUCCACUACAAUUGUCAGCCAGCUGUCCAUGGAGAGCGGCAUACUGUCAGACAUAUCCGUUACGCCGGAGCAGGAGCAGCAUCUGCCAAGCGCAGAGCAAUCGCAAUCGCAAUCGCUUUCCGGCCACAGAGGCAGCUGGUCCAUGUCCAUGUCCAUGACAGGAGCAUCAGCAGCCGCAGCGACGGCCAGUGCCAGCAGCUCGAGCGUCAUCCUACGUCGCUACAAGUCGUAUGCCCAUGCUGCCGAAUCGGCCACACCCGAGACCAGCAAAUAGUUCUGUUUAGUUACGCCCGAUUACUUAUAAAUACGAGAACACACAUGUAUAGCUUUAGCAAAAACGGUUUCAUCGGAUUCACACACACAUACAUACAU